UAUACACGGUCCUUUUAUGGCGAUUCGCCUAUCCUGAAAUUCGAGCCUUUGCCUGCUCCUAUUCUUAUACGGGCUACAUCUGAAGUUCCGUUAGAGAAGAAGACCACUAGUUUUAUUGUCGAUUUUCUAAUGGGAGGAGUUUCUGCUGCUGUGUCUAAGACAGCUGCUGCACCAAUUGAGAGAGUUAAGCUUUUGAUUCAGAAUCAAGAUGAGAUGAUCAAAUCUGGUAGACUUUCUGAACCGUAUAAAGGGAUUACUGAUUGCUUUUCGAGAACUAUUAAGGAUGAAGGUGUCCUUUCUCUUUGGAGAGGCAAUACUGCAAAUGUCAUCAGAUAUUUCCCCACUCAGAUAAUGAAAAUAGAAGGUGCCAAGUCACUUUUUAAAGGUGCUGGGGCUAAUAUUCUACGUGCUGUUGCCGGUGCUGGUGUACUAGCAGGGUAUGAUAAACUGCAGCUUGUUGUUUUCGGAAAGAAAUAUGGAUCUGGUGGCGGCAGUUAAUAUGGUGCAAUGAUGAUGACGAAGAUGAUCGUUUAACGUUGUGUAGAUUACUGUUGUCUGUGUCUAGCGUUUGAAUAAUUUUCCCAGUAGUUUCUGGUUACAGAUAUCUUGAAAGUUUAUACAUAACUGUACAAAUUCGUGGUUGCUUUUGCAGUUCGACUUCAAAGUUACAUCUGCGGUUGUCUAUAUGAAAAGAUAUACUACAGUUUACCUUGAAAGUUUUGUAGUCUUAUUCUAUUGAGAAUUUUCAUCAAGUGUAAGCUUUUUCACGAAUUUUAUACAUACCCUUCUGUUGCAUGA